AUGACGGACUCUUCCGCCGCCCGCGCGCCCAAGGAGGAGGAGGCGCGCCCCGAGCGACCCGAAAUGCCAUCCAAGAAGUUCAUCCACAAUUUCCGACUGGCUGCAAAGAUAGGGCAGCCGCUGUUCUACGUGGUCCUCGCUGCCGUCCUGAUUUGGAAACUGGUUCCUCGACUGUCCAGCGGACAGUUUCAAGACAGCUUCCUGUUCUGGUACGAGUCUCUGCAGCAGACAACCUACCAUCUGAGCGGACCCCUGCUGGUCGCCCUUGCAGCGAUCCUCCUGCUGGGGCUCUGGCGCCGUUCCCACAAUGCCAGGGACGUGCCCGUGUACCUCGUAGACUUCAGGGUGUACCGGCCGCCUGACGCGCUGCGGGUGAACAAGAUGCAGUGCAGAGACGGAGCCAAUUCGUGUGGGAAAUUUAACGAGGAAUCCCUCGCGUUCCAGCAGCGCAUUGCGGAGAGGUCUGGCCUGGGCGAGCGCACCUACCUCCCUCGGGGCUUGCAUCAGUAUCCCUUCGACAUAAACAUGACGAGCGCCAGGGAGGAGGCUGAAAUGGUGAUGUUCAACUGCGUGGGCAACCUGCUGGAGCAUCAGGGCCUGAAACCCCGUGACAUCGACAUCCUCAUCGUGAACUGCUCCCUGUUCAACCCCACGCCCUCCCUGUCGGCAAUGAUCAUCAACCACUUCAAGAUGAGGUCGGACAUAGUUUCGUACAACCUGUCAGGGAUGGGCUGCUCGGCAGGGCUCAUAGCCAUCAGCCUGGCACGAGAGUUGCUUCAGGUGUACCCCAAUAAGAACGCCAUCGUCGUGUCCACAGAGAACAUCACCCAAAAUUGGUACUUUGGAAACGAGAGGUCCAUGCUCAUUCCCAACGUGUUGUUCCGGAUGGGCGGCGCUGCCAUACUGCUGAGCAACAAGCCCGCUGUUCGGAAUGUUGCCAAGUACGAGUUGCAGCAUGUAAUUCGUGUGCACAUGGGAGCCGAUGACAAGGCAUACAGGUGCGUCUUCCAGAGGCCCGACGACGACGGCAACAUCGGCGUGGAGCUGAACAAGGACCUCUUCAAGGUGGCCAGCAAGGCCGUCACCAGGAACAUGACUCGUAUGGGCCCCAUGGUGCUUCCCUGGUCGGAGAUGUUGUUCGUGGCCCUCAACCUCCUGGCGGCCAAGGUCUUCCGCAUGAGGGUGAAGCCUUACGUUCCGGACUUCAAGAAGGCCUUCGACCACUUCUGCCUGCACGCCGGCGGCAGGGCCGUGAUCGAGGGGCUGGGAAAGCAGCUUGGCCUGCCCGACGAGAAGACGGAAGCUAGCUUCCAGACACUGAAAUGGUACGGCAACACCUCUUCGUCCACCGUGUGGUACUCCUUGGCGUACAUAGAGUCUGUGCAGACGGUCAAGGAGGGCGAGCACGUCUGGCAGGUUGCAUUCGGCUCGGGCUUCAAGUGCAACAGCGCCGUCUGGAAAGCCAUCAGGGACAUCGACAGCUGCCACCAGGCCUGGGAACACAGGGUCGGCGAAAAUGCCCCAAAAGUGUGA